AUGAGCUCGGGCUCGUCGCGUCCAACCUCUGUCCGCGGACUGUACACGCCGCCGGCGGAGGAAUGGGUCUUCCUUCCCCCCACGGUGUCGCCGCCCGCAAGCGCUCCGGCCCCAGCCCCGCCCGCGCACCUCCCCACCCCCUUCACGCCCGAAGACGACGAUAUGGUGGACUUUGGUCUUCCGGGCCCUGUCCAGAUGUUUGCCUCCCAGUUCCUGACCACGGCAAUGGGCAUGCCGUUUGAGGUGGGAAAGACACUGCUCCAGGUGGAGUACCGGCCAAGGAAGAAGUACGCGCCGCUCGAGACCGACGCCGUGACAAGCACACAACAGCACCGGGACUGGGGAGCCGAGGACGACGCACUGAGUAACCCGGACGAGGCCGAUGUGUACUUUUCCGACCGCCUCGAGGCGCCGUCGAACACGUUUGUGCCGCCUCCGCCUCCUGCACCCGACGCGUCGGGCUAUCUCGAUGACCCCUCCCCCUCGUGGCUACUCAAGGAUGACCCAGACAUCUCACGCGGUAAUGGCGUGUGGGGUAUGAUCCGUCGCAUCCGCGCGACACCGUCCGAGGGCCUCCCGGCACUGUGGAAGGGCCAGGUCGUGGCGACUGUCCACGCCGUCCUGUCUACAGUGUUGCAGCCCUCGAUCCACGCGAUCCUGUACACUGCCGUUCCGUCGAGUGGCACCUCUCUCCCGCUCGACUUCCCCCUCACGGCCCUGCCGCACCCGGUCGUCCCGCUCGCGAUCCAAGUGGCCUCGCACGCCGUGACCCAGUUCCUCAUCUCUCCACUGGAGAUGUUGCGCACGCGCUUGAUCGUCAUGCCGGCCAACCUGCCCAGCACGCCCAGCAGCCUCACCCUCCUGCGCCGCGCCAUCACAGAGGAAGGCGGUAUUGCCGGACUGUACCUGCACGCCAACCUGCUCAUCCCCACUCUGCUGGAACACACCAUCCGCCCGCUUAUGACGCUGUCCAUCCCGCUCAUCAUUGAGCGGUACUUUGGCAUCUCGCCCGACCUCGCGCCCAUCAGCUACUCGAUGGCCGACCUGGGUCUCAACAUCGCUGCCAUCCUCGUCAUCCUGCCCAUCGAGACGGUCCGUCGCCGUCUUCAGCUCCAGUCCCGCUCCGACGGCGAGUCCAAGAAGAUUCGCUCGGUCGUGCGACUCCGUGAACGCGACUACAUCGGCGUCGUCGAGGCCAUGUGGCGUAUCGUCACCGAGGAAACGUCUGCGCCGCGUAAGCGCCGCAUGAGCGAGAAGGACGAAGGAGGGUGGUUGUCAGGCGUCGGACAGCUUUACCGUGGUCUCGGCAUGGCUGUCACGGCCCACAUUACAGUGUUUGGCCUCGGUCUCGUCAGCGCAGGUCUGGGAGGCGGCCGUGGAGUCGACAGCGCCGGGUGGAAGGAGAUCUAA